AUGCUGCCCAGUACUACUGAGGUCCUUUACCCAACCGGUAGCACUGAGGCAGGCCAUACAUCUGGCCUGGGCGUACCAAGGACUCGCAGGAAACGUUAUAUUUCCCCCCGGGAUAUGAGCACGCUUUUGGACUACCACAACCAAGUGCGGGCACAAGUGUCUCCACCAGCGUCUAACAUGGAAUAUAUGGUGAGUUUCCUUUGUGCUUGCUUCUGAUGGUGGGUGGGAAGGAACAAUGACCACUGAGAUGUUAUGCAAAGUAAAUAUGGCACCUGUUUAGUUCCUUUGAUGCUUAUACAUCCACCGGCACCUCAAUGCUCCAGGAACAUACGAAGCUGCUAUAUACUGAGUCAAACAGUUAGUCCAUCUACCUCAGUAUUGUCUACCCCAACUGGCAAUGGAUCUCCAGUGUUUCAGACCUUCUGCAUUCAUAUCAGAUGCUCUACCAAUGAACUAAGGCCUUUCCCUUGUCAUUCAUAUUUCUGAAAAUCUACCACAUAUACUUUGAAGGAGGAGGAAAGGAGCAACAGUGUCAGAGAAGCAGUGUGGUUGGACUGCCUUGCAGCUAAGCAUUUGCGAAGAACUUACCUCAAGCAGAGCAAUUUUUCCACAGGGAUUUGUUUAAAGCGGCACACUAGAUUAUUGAUUGUGUUUUGUUUGGUGUUCUGCUGAGCGGCGAAUGUAGGAUGAGGUUAUGUCUUUCUGAGGUUCAAGCACCUAAAGACAACGAUAGAGAAAGCAAAAGGUUUCUUUGCAGAGAGUACAGCUCGCUGAGAGAUGAGAGCAAGGCACACACACUCAGAGAAAAAGCUGUUGUUGUUUUUACAGAGCACAGUAAAGCAUCCUCCUGCGUUUCAAUAAUGCAGCCCACAAAUGGCAUUCUUUUUUAAAGUUACAGGGUGGAGACUUAUAAACACGGAGAAAUGAAAUGAAAAGCCCACAGUUUCAAAAUAUCAAGGUCCUUACUGAAGUAAGAGCAAGUUACCUUUCAAUGAAGCCCGUUUCAAGCUCUUCUCUGGAAAAAGGAGGGGGAGGGAAGGAGGCAGCCAGCAGAGAGCAGAGUCUUCAGAUAGCCCAGAGUGUCCUUGGCAAUGCCCUUAGCAACAGUUCCGGCCCAAAAUUGCAAUACUGCCUGAGGGAAAAAUCUUCAGUGUUUUAGAUAAUUCCGCAUUAAAAAAAGAUAAAGGGACCCCUGACCAUUGGGGCCAGUCGUGGCUGACUCUGGGGUUGCGGCGCUCAUCUCGCUUUACUAGCCGAGGGAGCCGGCGUACAGCUUCCAGGUCAUGUGGCCAGCAUGACUAAGCUGCUUCUGGCGAACCAGAGCAGCGCACAGAAACACUGUUUACCUUCCUGCCGGAGCGGUACCUAUUUAUCUACUUGCACUUUGACGUGCUUUCGAACUGCUGGGUGGGCAGGAGCUGGGACCGAGCAACGGGAGCUCACCCCGUCAACGGGGAUUCGAACCGCCGACUUUCUGAUCAGCGAGUCCUAGGCUCUGUGGUUUAACCCACAGCGCCACCCGCAUCCCUCUAAUUCCGCAUUAGGCUCAUUCUUUAGCUACUUGCAUAUCACCACUUUUUGGGAGCCUGGUUCACAGGGUAGGGUCCCAGUGUGGCAUAAUGGUUAGAAUGUUUGACUAGGAGCUGGGAGAGCGGGGUUCGAAUCCCCACUCAGCCAUGAAGCUCACUGGGUGACUUUGGGCCAGUCACCAUCUCGUAGCCUAACCUACCUCACAGGGUUGUUGCGAGGAGGAGAGCCAUGUACAACACCUUGGGAUCCUUGGAAGACAAAGGUGUUAUAUAAAUGCAAUAAAAUAAAUAAAUAAAUGAAAAUAAACUCCAUGUAACUCUAGCACGCUUGAAUCUAAUUAGUGCAUGAGAAGGGGCAUAGGACGCUGAUAGAGGGGCAGAGGCAUCUCUAAGGUGCCUUGGCAAGGAGCUGUGCCAGCAAUAGCCACAUUAGAAAUUACUACCUUUUAUGCAUCCCAAGUAAUCGAAGUGUCUGGAGUGAGGGCAAGGAGAGAAGGAAGGACGGGAAAAAUGCACCCCUUUGUGCUACAGUACCAGAAGGACGGGAAGCUUCUCCCACAUUUGAUCUUGCUGUGGCAGCAGUGGCACGUCAUUACAGAUAUAUACGUCACAACUCCAUGGUCUGUAGUGAUCUACCUUCACACCGCCUUUCCAUUUCUCCUGGCUCUCAUCCCCUUUCACUUGUCUAAGCUCACUGCUUUACACAGAUAACUGGAGACAGAUUUCUGGAGCCAGUUUCGCCAACUCCUAGGUAUGCCUCUGCAUAGGGACUCUGCUGGAACCCUCCUUCCCCCAAAGUAAUGGGUCUACGAUUUCCUGCAACCCCAGAUUACUAAACCCUUGCUGUCCAGGAUAUAUCUGUGCAUAGCCUCUCUUUCUCAGUAUUGCUGCCACAGGCAUGCAUGGCCAGGGGGUGUAGCUUGUAGUCGUGACCCCUUUCCCAUAUCCUCAUUGGGCUGAUUUAAACAGACCACCUGACAACUCAAGCAGCGCUUAAGAACUGACAUGUGCACAAAUAGCAUUGUACGACUUCAGACAGUUCGCCGUGGAUGUUUAUUUUUAUUUUUUUAUUCUUUUAAACCCUAUUUUGACUCGUUUUCAUUGUCUGGUUGCAAAUUACCUUGAACUUCUACGAAAGUGCAUAAAUUAAAACAACACUACUUGCAGAGGCUAAGCAUGUUUGAAUGCUCCCCCAUGUGAGAAGACUACCUGUGCUUGGAAAGGGAGCAUAUCAGGCAGAAAGUUGGGCAUGUCAGACUGACAUGCUAGAUUUCCAAGUGCUGAAAGAUUUUCAGAUGAAGUACCAUUAGGCAGGCACUUUCCUAGUCUGAAAUGAAGCUGGGCUGUUUGACUUGCUAUUUCUGAAUCUACUAGCCUAUGACACUGUAUCUACCAAGGAAAAACAUUUAUGCUUAUGGUAUUUCCCUUGCUUGUAUGGCAUAUAUCUUGUUAAGUGUUUGAGAGAUUGACUGAGCUCUUUGUUUUACCUUGAGCAGCAGUAACUCACUGUCUGUUGUGUGUUCUUUCUCUCCCCCCCCCCCACCUCAUAUCAACUAGGUGUGGGAUGAGAGGCUUGCCAGAUCUGCAGAAGCCUGGGCAAAACAGUGUAUAUGGGACCAUGGACCUCCACAACUGAUGAAAUUCAUUGGUCAAAACCUUGCCAUUCACUCGGGCAGGUAAGCAGUGUCUUCUGGGAAUGCUAGGUCUAUAGAUGUUGCAUUAAAGAUGUUGCACUGAUUGUACAAAUGAACACCACUGCAAGUAUACCUCUAAACAGGUCUUUUGUCCUGCCCUUCUUUUCAUGGAUCAAGUGGGCUAUAUUUGUUUUAAGGGAUUUCUAAACAGUGCACAACGGACGCGAGUGGCGCUGUGGGUUAAACCACAAAGCCUAGGACUUGCCGAUCAGAAGGUUGGCGAUUUGAAUGCCCACGACGGGGUGAGCUCCUGUUGCUUGGUCCCUGCUCCUGCCAACCUAGCAAUUCGAAAGCACAUCAAAAUGCAAGUAGAUAAAUAGGUAAACGGCGUUUCCGUGUGCUGCUCUGGUUCGCCAGAAGCGGCUUAGUCAUGCUGGCCACAUGACCUGAAAGCUUUACACCGGCUCCGUCGGCCAAUAAAGUGAGACGAGCGCCGCAACCCCAGAGUCGGCCACGACUGGACCUAAUGGUCAGGGGUCCCUUUACCUUUACCUUAAACAGCGCACAAUGUAAAAAAUUGGCAUGUGUACUGCAAAGGAAGCAAGCAUGCUAUCAACCUCAGUGUUGCCUCCAUCUCACUCAAAUAUUAUGGGUGGAAUUCAGAGUAGCACUAAGGAGGUUGCUGCAUCUGUGAAAUAAUUUCUACUUGCCUGACAGGGUGAUCUCCCCUCUCCUCCUGCCAGAGUGGAUUUCAGGGAGGCAUGGGGAGUGUGUAAAGGAAGGCAAGUUUUAGGAAACCCUUUUUGCACUAGUUUUCCUUAACACUGAUUAUACAUAUUGAAGUGCUGUUUUCUGACAGCAAUGGUAAAAAAAAAAAAGUCAUUUAGGUCCAAGGUACAUGUUACCAGAGAUGACUUGACACACCAGUGUGUUGUGUGUCCCCCUGUGUUUUUGAUAAAUACAUGUCAUAUAACAUCAAUGCCUAGGUUUCGUCUGCCCUUUCCCCCCACUUCAGUGGCUGUCUCUUGCAAUGAGGGGGGAGACACUAACACAAAUACAUCGUUCUAGAUUCAGGUAGGUAGUUGUGCUGGUCUGACGCAGUCUAUCUAUCUAUCUAUCUAUCUAUCUAUCUAUCUGUCUAUCUAGCUAUCUAAAAUGUCCAGUAGCUCCUUAGAGACCAACUAAGUUUGUUCUUGGUAUUAGCUUUCGUGUGCAUGCACACUUCUUCAGAAGGCAUCGUGUUUGACAUGUGCAUUGCCGGGGGUUAGACUAGAUGACACUUGGGGUCCCUUCCAACUCUACACGUCUUUGAUUCUGUCAUUCUUCAUUCAUUCAUCAUCAUUUUAUUUGUAUGAUGCCUUUCCAUAGUUAAAACAAUGCUCAAGGCGGUUUGCAACAUGACAAGAUUUACAUGAUUACCAACAUAACAAAAGUCAUAAACAAUAAAUAAAACACAUCAAAAAAGUACACAACCAAAUGGAAAACAAUUUCCACAUAAAUCAUAAAAUCUAAAAGUAAGAACACAGUAUUAAUCAACCACAAUUUGAAAGGACAUAUAGAAAAAAUACAGUGGUACCUCAGGUUAAGUAUGUAAUGCGUUCCGGAGGUCCGUUCUUAACCUGAAACUGUUCUUAACCUGAAGCACCACUUUAACUAAUGGGGCCUCCUGCUGCUGCUGCGCCGCCGGAGCACAAUUUCUGUUCUCAUCCUGAAGCAAAGUUCUUAACCCGAGUUACUAUUUCUGGGUUAGCGGAGUCUGUAACCAGUGUGGUGUAGUGGUUGAGAGCGGUAGUCUUGUGAUCUGGGGAACCGGGUUCGCGUCUCCGCUCCUCCACAUGCAGCUGCUGGGUGACCUUGAGCUAGUCACACUUCUCUGAAGUCUCUCAGCCCCACUCACCUCACAGAGUGUUUGUUGUGGGGGAGGAAGGGAAAGGAGAAUGUUAGCCGCUUUGAGACUCCUUAAAGGGAGUGAAAGGCGGGAUAUCAAAUCCAAACUCUUCUUCUUCUUCUUCUUCUUCUGUAACCUGAAGCGUAUGUAACCUGAAGCAUAUGUAACCUGAAGCAUAUGUAACCCGAGGUACCACUGUAAAAGCAAUUUAAAAACAAAAAUGGAGCCCUCUCUGCCCAGCAGCAGUAGAAGCACUCCUUUAUGGAGCCUGUCAGGCCCUGCCCCAAGCCAGGUGGAGAGAAGCCCUUCAGGCUCCCAGCAGGUCAGUCAUGCAUCCUUUUCAACUCUGUGCUUACCAGGAAGAGGUGGGAAGCUUUGAUGGUUGGAGGCAUCUCCUCACCUUCCUGCAUCACAUAGUUUGGACCUGGGACAUCUGUGCUUGGAUAGGCAGGUUUCUUCACAUUUGCGUUGUGUGUGACCCUCUAUAGGUACCGUUCAGCUUUGGACCUUGUGAAAUCUUGGUAUUAUGAGAAGCACCAUUACUCCUUCCCUUCCAAAUGCAGUGGCCCUGUCUGCAGCCAUUAUACCCAGGUACAGUAUAUUCCUGUAAGAAACAAAGAAACAGUGGUUGUUGCUCAGGUAACAAAUCAUAUUUGUUUUUAAUGGCACUUUCCUUAGAUGCUUCACAUCCCUUGUUUCAAGAAUCACUACAACAAACCUAAAUGAGGCCAACAAUCUCCACCUCCCCCAGUGCUGAAGGUUUGUGAGCUGAGAACGAAGGAUAACGUUUUGCCUAAGGCAGACCAAGAGAGUUGGUGGGAGAGAUUUGAUGUGGACCGGGGACAAGAGUCCCUGCUUUUAACUGUGAUGCUGCACCAACAUAAUGGUGCAUAUCUCAGCAAGAGGGAUGGGGCAGAGGUUCAGGAACAAGGAAGCUUCCCAAGAGAUCAUCUUCAGCCAUGCUCUAGGGCAGGUGUGGUGAACCUUUGGCCCUCCAGAUGGUGUUAAACCACAACUCCCACAAUCCCUAGACACUUCAUGGGGCUGGUGGGAGUUGAAGCUGAGUCGCAGGUUUGCCAACCCUGUUCUAGGGCUGCUGGUUCAUACUAAAGAGAAGUAUUUCUACCUCCAUCGUUGCCAACCCUGGUCCUUUAUAUUGCCACUCACCACUGUCUGCAAACAAUCCAAAUGUACGGUCUAAACCUCAGCUUCUUCUCUGAAAGCAUUGCCUGUUUUUUCCAUUGUCCCAUCCAGCACAGGAAAGGUUUUCAGUUCCAGCUCAGCUAGAUGGCUGGAAGAAGAAAAAGAAAUCGUCCACACAGGGACAUGGAAUGUUUUAAGUCACUAUGAUGAGGAUCUGUUACUUAGACAAACAGCUUCUCUUCAUGACUCGGGAGCAUCCUUCUUAACAUCUCAUGGCCUCUGUCAUUUCCUAACAAACCACAAGUAUCUGUGAGGUUUUUUAUGUUGUUGUUUUUUAAACAAAAACAAAAAACAAAAAUGACAAUGAAUAUAUUUGCACCAUAUAGGGCUUUCUUGGGGUUUUAUUGAGCAUUUAUCCUGGUUUGCUUGCACAAAGUUUAUGCGGAGGUUAGACUAUGUCUGGUCCUGACUGAGAAUUCAUCCCAGGUUGCAUAUAGUCUAUUGAUCAUUUUUUCACCUCACACUUUCCAGUGCUUUUCCCUGGAUCUGUUCCACUGAGGCUACAGUGCAAAUUAAUCCUCUUCAAUUGUGCAAACCUAAAUUUCUGGCCUGUGCCUGAAUCCUUUCCGCAAAGGGCAAAAUAUAGUCUGGGCAAACUGUAACCAAACAGAUUUGUUAUAGCAUAAGUUUUCAUGGUCUGGAAUUUACUUCAUCAGAUGCCUGGACUUCCAUCCUAAGUUUGCAGGUAUAUAAACAUGAAAAUGUUAGCAGUGAGAGAAACGUAAUGCAAGAAUUCAGACUGUGGCGAUUGUGUUAAAGCUUAAAUGGAUAUAAAGUAAUUACAGUGACCAUUCACAAACCAGUGGCGAUGAUGUCACAAACAUCCUGGCCUCUUAAAAGUUAAUUAACAUACAGUAACAUAAAAACUUGUUAACUUGAGACAGGUUGCAAGUGAUAGAACUGAACUUCUUGAUAGUUCAGCGCUUCCAUGCUGGAGAUUUCCAUCCCAUAACUUGAAAACUAUAAGGCAUAGGAAGUUUUUAUUCACACCACUGACUUUGACAUGUGAAAUAACCCAGUACAGCAAUUUUAUUCAAAAUCUGAAAUGUAUAUAUAUAUAUUUAAAAUUGUGACAAUCAGUCACAACUGAACCACCCCACUGAAGAAGAUAACAGUGGUUACCUAGACCUUUUGCUGGUUGCAGAGGAGACACCCAACUGUAGGUCUGCCCGUGUACAUGAGUGCUCCUCCAGAUCACAGUAAUGUGAUAACAUUGGAAAAAAUGCUACAGAACUACUGCUAAAGCAGAAUGAUCUGUAGACAGUCCAGUAUAUGUAAAUCCACCACUAAAUGUACUUUUUAUUGCAUCAGUGACAUGUUGCAGAAUACACCCAGGAAGGAAAACUUCCUUCAGUCUGGAGGGGCCCUUGAUAUUAGUUGGUCCUGGGUGAUGGAGAGAAUGGUCCACCUGGGGCUCUGAGAUCUCCUUUGCCUGCCUGCCUGAUUCUCCUGAUCCUUCUCACAGAGUAGCUGAUGUUGAACAAACAGCACCUCAAGGAAAGGGAAAGCCCUUUCCUGCCUCCUUCGCAGUGAGUCAUCUCUGUGGUGACAAGAUGUUUCUGAAACAUCUGGCACCUCGGUGAAUACAUCCCCUUCAUUUGCUCAUCCCCAAGUAUGAGUGGUCAGCCAAGGUGGAAAACCGUCUUCUCCCACCUGGUCUGCGGCAAAGCAUUUCCAACCCUUAAUGAACAGUGUUCCUCACAUCUCCAGAAUGUUCUGCUCUUGUCUCUGGAAAUACCCAGCCCCACAUAUUUGUCUGGGUGUCUGUCUGGUUCCUAGACACCUUUUUCUCCAUUUUCCUGAAGGUUCAUCUGUCUCAUUUCCAGUGUGUUGUGUCUGGAGAAAUGGCAGUGAAGAGACAGGAGGCAGACUAGAAAGAAGAGGAAGAAGGAAAAAAUGAACACCUGCUUCUUAAAAAAUUAAGAAUUAUAUUCAGCUGCUCGGGGGUAGCACAUCUGCUUUGGGGCUGGGAAGGAUUCCCUGUCUGAAACCCUAGAGAUCUGCUGUCAGUGUGGACAAUACUUAGGUGGAUGGACGGAUGUUUUGAUUCAGUAUAAGACAGCUUUAUAUCUACAUUCAUGCAAUUAGCAAUUUUGUGGGUGGCUUUCAAAAAGAAACCUGAAGAUGCAGGGGACCCUUGGGACCCUGGUUUGGGGUGGUCUUAAACUCUUUCUCUCUUAAUGCAGUCUGCAUUAAUGCUGUCCAGCUACACAAGCCUUUGCAUCCUCCAGAUGUUUUGCAUGGAGCUUAUGGGAGCUGUAGUCUAAAACAUAUGGAAGGCACCAGGCUAGGGAAGCCUGAGCGACACACAUGCAGCUCUGACACUUAAAUUUUUUAGCCAUUGAUAGACCAUGCCUUCAUAUAAAGGUAAAGGGACCCCUGACCAUUAGGUCCAGUCAUGGCCAACUCUGGGGUUGCGGCGCUCAUCUCGCUUUACUGGCCGAGGGAGUUUCCGGGUCAUGUGGCCAGCAUGACUAAGCCACUUCUGGCGAACCAGAGCAGCGCACGGAAAUGCUGUUUACCUUCCCGCUGGAGAGGUACCUAUUUAUCUACUUGCACUUUGACGUGCUUUCCAACUGCUAGGUUGGCAGGAGCAGGGACCGAGCAACGGGAGCUCACCCCGUCGCGGGGAUUUGAACCACCGACGAACCGCCGACCUUCUGAUCGGCAAGUCCUAGGCUCUCUGGUUUAACCCACAGUGCCACCCGCGUCCCAUGCCUUCAUAUGCUUAAGGCAAAAUCCCAUAGUCAUGGAUGUGCCCUAACAAGGACAAAUAUUCUGGUUUCAGGUUUGCCAUUUUCUUAUAAUAACUGGUUUAUUGUGUCUCAAACAGAUGGUGUGGGCUUCUAGCAACCGAAUUGGCUGUGCCCUCCAUAUGUGCACCAACAUCAAUGUGUGGGGCAGCACGUGGCCCCGAGCAAUCUACUUAGUGUGCAAUUAUGCCAUCAAGUAAGUAAACUGGGGCAGGGGGUUCAUCCUGGGAAACACAGCAACUUUGGGGCAGAGUAGAGGCAGAAAGCUGGAAAGCUACCUAGUACAGAAAGUCCACUGGUGGACUGCGGGACAUUUUCUGAUGAACUGUCUAGUGCAGGGCUGGCAAAUGCGCUGCUCUCCAGGUGCUGUUGGACUCCAGCUCUCAACAGCUCCAGCCCUCAUGGUCAUUGGUCACAGAUGAUGGGAGUUGUAGUCCAGCAACAACUGGAGGGCUACAAUCUCCCCGUCUCUGGUAUAGAGAAACUGAAACUUCACAUGAGAGUUCCAAUGGUGGGGUAGGAGGUAUGUGUAGAAGCAAUUCGUGAGGUGCAAUAUUGGAUAGGAAGAGCUGGCCAGAGGAGAAAGGGUGAAUCGCCGCUCCCCUUGCCACUCCUCUUUGAAAAAAUAUGUCCUCCCAAAGGACAUUGAGGCAUUCUUUCAAUACAAGGAGGGAUACAUAGUAUGUUCUUUGGUAUAGCUGGGUAGAUGACCGUGCACAUUAAUUUACCCUAAAGCCCAAAUUUCCAAAUUGUGCACCAGAUACAGGAAAUUAGAUAAUGCUGCCUUCCCCAGAGUUGGCUGAUCACAGUAUCUCUGCCUGAUUUAUUGUUAUGCUAUCUUCAAGUCAAUCUCUCUUGCGCAUGGGUAAAUGCUGCUGUGUGUCUGCACCGUUCCUGAUACAGACAUGCAGCAGGUUCAUCUUGGUCAGGGGUAAGCAACCUAAGGCCCAUGGGCCACAAGCGGUCCACGGGGGUUGUUUAACUGGCCCCCGAGCAUCCCCCGAACUGAGCCGCCCACUCGACGAGUCCCUGCGCGCUGCGUCAAACCAGUGCAGCAAGGCAUGGGGACUCACUUCUGCGGUGCUGGAAAUCACAUCUGUGCAUGCUCAGAUGCCGGAAAUUAUGUCUGCGCAAGCUGAGGUGCCGUAAAUUGUGGCCGCGCACACUCACGAUCCGGCCCACAGAGGGAUCUCAGAUGGAGUGAACCGGCCCAGGCGAGGUAAACCUUACCGACCCCUGAUCUUGGUCAUCUGCAUACUAUCCCUUGCUUUUUCCUGUAGGACUAAUUGUGGUUGUUAACAGUCAUCAACAGGUUUACCAUACCCAUUGAGUCCAUCACCCAUCUCCUACUACCCUUCUGAGAAAAACCUCACCCUCCCACUAUAUAUAAGGGUCUGGUGACUUCUGGUACAGUGGACGCUCGGGUUGCGAACAUGAUCCGUGCGGGAGGCAUGUUCGCAACCCGCAGCGCGAUGUCUGAGCAUGCACGGGUUGUGAUUCGGUGCUUCUGCGCAAGUGCUGAGACCCGGAAGUAACCCGUUCCAGUACUUCCGGGUUUGGCAAGGUGCACAACCCAAAAACGUGCAACACGAGGUAUGACUGUAUCUGAAGAAGUGUGUGUGCACACGAAAGCUUAUACCCAGAACAAACUUAGUUGGUCUCUAAGGUGCUUCUGGACAAGUUAUUUAUUUAUUUAUUUAUUUCGACUGCGUCAGGCCAACACGGCUACCUACCUGAAUGCAGCAGGUUCAGUUACCCCCAGACGUGACUCUCUGUUGCUUCUGUUAUUAGUCUAGGCUUGCUCUUCUAGGCAUGCGCAGAUCAGUGAUUCAUGCAGAAACAUAAUUCAUUUAUGGAACUUACCGUAUUAACUGUGUUAGAGGGCUUUAAAAGGAGAUAGGACAAAUUAAUGUUGAGUGAGGUCUAUCAGUGGUGGCUACUAGUUAUGAUGGCUAUAUGCUACCUCCAAAAUCAGAGGCAGUUUACCUCUGUGAAUGUGGGCAUCAACAAAGGAAGAGGGCUAGAACCUCAACACUUUGGUGCUUGGGUCCCUAGAGGCAUCUGGUUGGCCACUGUAGGAACAGAAUGCUGGACGAGGAGAACUUUUGGUCUGAUCUAUUAGGGCUCUUCUUAUGAGCUGCAGGUGGACUCCUCAGAGAUCAGGUAACUCUUAUUCAACUAAAUAAUGAAACAAGCAUAAGAACAUAAUAGAUAGCCGGGUGUAUGGUGGGUAGGCAGCCCUUUGGGAGGGUGUGCUAAGAGUGACGUGUGACAUCCAAGUGUCCAGCAAUGAAACAAACAUGUCUCAUGCCUCUUAUUAUCUUUCUAGGGGAAACUGGGUAGGAGAAGCACCUUACAAAAUGGGGAGACCUUGCUCAGCCUGCCCACCUAGUUACGGAGGAACCUGCAGCAACAACAUGUGUUACUCAGGACUCAAAUCCAAUAAAGUGAGCUGGUUCUGA